CUGUGAGCAGAGGCGAACGUUCAGAUUGUUUAGUUUUCAGCCACAGUACGUACAGCUCCCUCGCACACGGUGUUCGCCUUGGUUAAACUGACGGGGAUAGUAAUAUUGUGGUACACAGAAAGCUCGUGUGGAACAGUGACUCGAGGAACCAGCAUUUGACAGUGAAGUAGGAAUGUCGAUUCUCCGUGUGAUUGUGCUUCUAGGAGUGUUCUACAGUAUUGAUGGAGCCAAGAUUUUACUAAUGCCAUGGUCAGCCACAAGUCAUUGUCUGGAGAUGAUGUCUAUAGGUAGGGAACUCCUUGAGAGAGGCCACCAUGUAACAUUGUACGUUCUACUGUACGACCCAAAGAACUGCAUUUCGAGGAUGAAAGCGGAUUUAUUCAAACCAAAAUUUAAGAUUGUUAUUCCUAAUCUUGACCCAUCAUUCCAGAAGAAGAACGAUGAUGUAUUGGCCUCUGGUUCUGAAUAUAUAUAUAACAGGACAAAUCUGGUGUGGUUCCUGCUGCGUUUGGCACCUCCCUUUAUUCGCAACAUAUGCGAUGCCGCAUUUUACGACAAGACCGCAUUUCAGGAGUUGCAGAGAGACGGGUAUGACAUUGCCAUAGUUGAUGGCAUUUUGUUCUCUGGAUGUCUCUUUGCUUUUCCCUUGGCCCUUGGGAUACCCGCCGCCGCCCAAGGAUCUUUCAUUGAUCCACAGGACAGUCGGAUGCCUCUUCAGACAAACACGUUUCCGAGUUUGUACUCGGAAUUUUCCAACGAUAUGACUUUCCUGCAAAGAUUCACAAAUACCCUUGCCUUCUUCUUAAAUCCUGUCAUGAGAUAUUUCAUGAUUCCUAGUGUUGAUCUGUCCCGGUACAAUGAAACACUACGAGGCCUCGAUUCAAGAGAUCUGGUGAAGGAUUCGAUUCUCUUUCUUGAAAACUCAGACUACAUUAUUGACUACCCAAAAGCUAUCUUUCCAAAUUUUGUGCAGGUUGGGGGUCUCACUGCAAGUUUUUCAGAUCCCCUUCCAGGAGACCUGAAGAAAUUCUUAGAUGAUCGAACUGAUGGUGUUGUUCUUGUUUCCUUUGGAAGUAUGUUGAAAGGGUUUCCGUCGUCACUGAUUGAAAAAUUAAUGGCUGCCUUUGGUCGACUGAAGUACCAGGUUUUGUUCAAACAGGAUAGAGAGGAAAUCCGCGGGAACAUUAAAACAGUGAAAUGGUUGCCCCAAAAUGAUAUCCUAGGUCAUCCCAACACCAAGCUGUUUAUUUCCCAUUGUGGCAAGAACGGAUUCUGGGAGGGUGUGUAUCAUGGAGUUCCUAUCAUCUGUAUGCCAAUCCACGCAGAAACUGGCACCACCGCUGUGAAAGUGAGAAAGUAUGGUAUCGGCUCAUCCAUCAACAUCUACGACGACACCGUUGAUGAAAUUGUUGAGAAGAUAAAUAACGUCCUCGGAAAUGAAAGCAUUUCUUUCAAUAUGAAGAAGAUCUCAAGUAUACUACGAGACAGACCGGAAACUCCAGCGCAACGAGGCGCGUCUGCUCUGGAACACGUGAUCAAAUAUGGCGGCGAUCACCUGCGGCCCCCAUCCGUAGACUUUAAUUUCAUUAGCUAUGUUUAUGCUGAUGUUUGGUUGGCUCUUUUGGCAAUAAUGAUUUUUGUAAUAUGGUUUGGUAUCUGGAUGUGUCGCAGAUGUUGCAGGUGUCGAAAAGGAAGCAAAAGUAAAUUAGAUUAAGUGAUGAGAGCGCUGUCCCAAGAUGUUUCUAUUGACUUUCAACACCGAAUAUUGAAGGCUUGACCUGAGAUCCACCAUCAUUGACCAUAGUGGUAGAGUUAGACUUCGUGAUAUGAAAAUCAACGGGCUAGUUGAAACUUCAGGAGUUGUUAUCCUAAACAGUAGAUGCCAACGCCGCCCUCAUCAAGAAAGACAACUCUCAAUUAAACCACACCUUAUCGCAAUUAUUGUGCCAGUAUAGCCAACCUCAGGCGACAAAGAAACAGAAAAGACUAUAUUUUCAUGGAGGAUGUUUUGGUUAUUUUGCUGUUAAAAGAACUCUGUAUUAUUCAUUAGUUAAAGUGUCAGGGUAUGGUGUCUCUGUAAUAUGUAAGUUUCUGUACAUAUUUAGCUUAAAAUAAAUCCCUGCCCCUCGCUGUCCGCUGA